AUGAAGAAACACACGGCCUCAGAACGACGACGAAAUUUGGAACGGUGGGUUCAGAUCUGGACUGGAUUGGUACUAAUUAAGGCUAAUUGGACGUCUGAGAUCCCAACUCGGGGCCAUAAACAGUUUGGCUCCGAAAAUGUUUUUGUCUUGCCUUCCGGCUAAAGUAAUUGUGGAGCCGGAGAUCCGGGCUCAAAAACUUUCACACAUAAUUUAUGACUCUGCAAGGUCGUCUCCGAAGCGACAUAUUGUUGCAUAACGAAAUAAUAGUUUAUAAUUAAUAGUUUUAAUAAAAGGCAUAGCUGGCCUAGGGGGGUUUCUACCGUUUAUUAUAAAGUAGUCCAAUUUCAGACAAUAUGGACCAAUUGAGUUCCAUUGUCGUUUUGGAAGUCGUUUUUUGUCAUCCUUGUACUGGGGAUUCCGCCGUCUUCAUUACUUCUUCUGUUUUUAUGACAAUGGUGGGUGCUAAAGCCAAUCAUUUGUCAACUUCCAGAUGUCGAGGUUGAUUUGGAAGACCUUCUGACCAACCCAUUCAACACCCAGCCGCCCUCCUUGGACGAUUUGCAACGACUUACCGGGUUCAGGAAGGAAUGGAUUAUGUUUGUUUAUCGUAAUUUCAAACAGGUUCGUAACAAAGUUUCAAAAUUUCAAAACGUGGAAAGUUUAUUCGAGAGCUUGACAUAGUUUCAAGACCUGCUCUUGUUGGAGGUCAAUACUUUCGAGUUUUUUUCUUACAUUAAAUUCCAGCAAUGUUCCCGAUAAUAUCGAGAUAAAGAUUAGAACAUCUCAAUGAUCCAAGACAAACCUUACAAUGACGAGAGGUAUCGAAUAUUUCAUUUCACGCUCUGAAACAAUAGCUUCUAUGAAUCCACCUUUUUAUCCUUAUUUAUGUAGAUCUCCUCCAACGGCAGAAUGUCCCAGAAUCAAUGGAGACAGGUAUUCAGGCUAAUUUAUAAGGGAACCACUGAUUACGACUUCGCUGACCGACUUUUUAACACGAUUGUGGGCUCUCGGUCCCAUCGAAUGAUCACAUUCGAAGAUCUGAUUGUUUGUAUAUUUGAUUUGACACAAUCAUUCCAAAACAAUGAUUAUAUUGAUGACUCGGUACCUUCUACUACAAAAGCGCAAUUUACGUUUAAUUUAAUGCAGCCGGACCAAAAGGUAUGAGUUUUAAUGGUAUUUUAUAAAGACGUCUUGCAGAAUCGGGUUGAUCUUGCCGGAUUCACAAAAUACGUUCAAUGUAUAUACAGUUUGAAUGCAUCUCUCAAAGGAUCGGCUGCUUCUGGAGAUGCUGCCACUCUGGGAAUAAUCAGUGGAAGCACCCAUGGAUCUCAGUACUAUGGUGACCGGGUUAAGAAAGAGACAAUUCAGCCAUGGGUUCAAAGCAUGGCCAGGCAACAGUUUAAAGUAAGCUUUAUUAGAUCGUUUUAUAAUUUUGCUACUACAAACAGAAGUCAUCGUUUUAGUACUUGGAUGCAGACAAUGAUGGGUACAUAACCUUAACAGAUAUACAGAGAAUGUUCAACGACCGAGAAGAUGUCUACAGAAGCCUCAUUCUGAUGAAAGAAUCUCAAAUUUGUGAUUAA